AUGAUUUCUCUGGACGAUCUGACUGCCAACAACUUGGGCCUAAUAAACGUGAUAGCAUACGCGUCCUAUUCGGAUCAGGAGCUCGAGGAAAUCAGAGACUCCGGAGAACUAGCGCAAUAUGCUUACUACAACGAGGUCCCAGUGGGCUUGGUGAUCUGCAAGCCCCUCCACCCCGUGAACUCAAAAUCGCCCGCAGGACUGUUGAUUGAUAAGCUGUGCGUGCUACCUGCAUACAGCGGUAAGUAUGGCCUUGAAGACAGAUUGCUUGAGUACGUCGAGAACGUUACAAGAAAGAGACACCUGGAUAAAGUAUAUGUGGCCACCGCGGACCCAAGCCAAUGGCAGAAGUUUGGCUUUUUGCACGAAGACGCCUCGCAAGAACUGUAUCGCAGCCUCAACCUGGUAAGGGAGGGCCAGCAGCUUUUGCGCAAGGUGCUAGACAACUGA